AUGGUGGGAGAUCUAAACCCUAAUUCCAAACGAGGAAAGCCCGACCCGCAGAAGAUUCGGUGCCCCCAUUGCGCGGGCCCCCUCACCAAAGAGAUGGAGACAAGCGAAUGGACUGUACCACCGCUCAUCAGAGACAGCUUUUCUAUGAUAGGAUCGGCGGUCGGUGGUACGGCUGGUGCCUUCUACGGCUUCAAUCACGCAAUGCCGAUUGUUAGAAGGUGGAUUAAAGGUCCAAUGUGGUUGCAUUUCCUCGUUGGUGCCCCACCAGUAAUUAUUUUCUCAUCAGGGUGUGCUGGAUUAACUGGUGGCUCGAUUCCAGCCCUUGCUCAACUUGCCUCGUCAUCUUAUCAUGCUGUUAUGACAUCAUCAAAGUCGUCAUCACCAUCUGUACCUUCAUCCUCGUAG